AAUUAAACAAGGGAAUGGAAGAAAGUUCUGAAAAUUUAACUGCAUCCCACAGCAUCAAACUGAGUAAUGCAUGGCUGGAUCUUCUCAAAAGUGUGUUUCUGAGCACUCCCCAGGACCUCCCUGAAAUCAUCCUGAUACUGUCUUUGAUCUGUACAAUUGGAGCAUUUUUGAACAUGCAUCUGAAAGAUUUUCCAAUUCCUCUUCCUGUGAUACUAUUUUUAAUUGGAUGCUGUUUUGAAAUCCUGAGUUUUGCAUCUACCCAGAUCCAGAUAUAUGCAGAUGCCAUACAGUGGAUGGAUCCGGACAUAUUUUUUGGUAUAUUUACACCAGUGAUUAUCUUUAAUGUUGCAUUUGACAUGGAUAUAUACAUGCUUCAAAAGUUAUUUUGGCAGAUACUACUAAUUACAAUUCCUGGAUUUCUGAUUAAUUACACCUUAAUACUUUGGUAUCUGCAGUCUGUGAAUAAAUUAUCUUUGAAAACCAUCCCCUGGUUACUAUUUUCUGCUGUUCUUAUAAGUUCAGAUCCAAUGCUUACUUCAGCCUCCAUAAGAGACCUUGGUCUUUCUAGAAGCCUCACAAAUUUAAUUAAUGGAGAGAGUCUACUGACCUCAGUGAUAUCCUUAGUUAUAUAUAGUGGUGUUGUGCAUAUCAGCUUCAAGUCAAAGAAUGUGAACCGUACCCUAGCCCAUAAGGUCAUGUCUACAGCUUGGUCGUAUAUUGUUGAAAGCUUCUUUACGGGAAUCAUAAUUACAAAAGUGAUUCAGUUAUGGAUGGCUACCAUCUUUGGUGAUGAUGUCAACCACAUCACUCUCAUCUUCUCAGUUCUAUACCUCAUCUUCUAUGUUUGUGAACUCGUUGGGAUGUCUGGAAUAUUUACUCUGGCCACCAUAGGACUUUUUCUAAAUUCUACAAGUUUUAAACCAGGAGUUGAAGCAUUUCUCCUCGAAUUCUGGAACUGCCUGUCCUUUAUUGGGUUUCUUAUGGUGUUCACAUUCAUUGGACUUCUAAUCCCUGCACACACAUAUUUAUAUAUAUCAUUUUCUGAUGUAUAUUAUUCAUUAAACAUCUACUUCACACUGAUUGUUUUAAGACUUUUGGUCUUUCUGCUAAUGAGCCCCAUUUUGUCUCGACUUGGUCACGGGUUCAGCUGGCGCUGGGCGUUCAUCAUGGUCUGGAGUGAAAUGAAAGGAACACCGAACAUAAAUAUGGCCCUCCUGCUCGCCUACUCGGACGUUUCUCUUGGUUCCGAGAGGGAAAGAUCUCAAAUAUUAUUUCAUGGAGUGUCAGUAUGUGUAAUUACCCUGAUUGUCAAUAGAUUUAUUUUGCCAAUGGCAGUUACUAAACUAGGUCUUCGUGAUGUCACAUCAACAAAAUAUAAAUCAGUUUAUUAUACAUUCCAACACUUUCAAGAGCUAACCAAAUCUACAGCCAUGGCACUCAAAUUUGACAAAGAUCUUGCUAAUGCUGACUGGAACAUGGUUGACAAUGCAAUUAUACUUCAAAAUCCAUAUGCAUUGAACCAAGAAGAAACAACGGAGCAUCAGAAGGUGAAAUGUCCAGACUGCAACAAGGAAAUAGAUGAGACCCUCAACAUUGAAGCCAUGGAGCUGACCAACAGGCGACUCCUGUCAGCGCAGAUAGCAAGCUACCAACGACAGUACAGGAAUGAGAUUCUGUCCCAGAGUGCAGUGCAGGUGUUGGUUGGCGCGGCCGGAAGCUUUGGUGAGAAGAAGGGAGAAUAUAUGACUCCUGAGAAUAUAAAGAAUUAUUCAGAAAGCAAAAAACUCCUCUCCUUUCUUAGAAAAUUACUACUCAACUGGGUGUAUAAUACCAAAAAAGAUAAAGGGGUUCCUUCAAGAUACAUUUUUCUUCAUACAUGCCAUAAAAUAGUCUUCACAAAUGAAUUUGAGUAUACUGGAUACCUUGCAGUAUUAAUGAGCACAUAUCCUAUGAUAAUCUGUUGGAUUUCCCGUCUAAAAGACAUCUAUGAAAACGAGAUAAAAUGUGCUAACUACUAUUUUCUUGCCUUUUAUAUUUUGGAGGCUCUACUUAAGGUGGCAGCAAUGAGGAAGGAAUUUUUUUCACACACCUGGCUCCUGUUUGAGCUCGGGAUUACUUUAGUUGGCAUCCUAGACAUAAUACUCAUUGAAACAGACUCCAUUAGUUAUAAUUUUGACUUAACGGAGACUGUGGUCUUCAUGAACGUGGUUCGACUCCUUCGUAUAUUACGCAUCUUGAAGCUCGUAACGCCCAAAUUGCUGCAAAUAAUAGACAAAAGGAUGAGCCAGCAGAUAUCCUUUCGGUAUUCGAUACUGAAAGGCUAUGUCCAAGGGGAAAUGGACGUACUGAAUAUAAUUGAUCAGAUUGCAAGUUCCAAACAGACUAAACAGAUAUUGUUAAAACGGGUAAUGAGGAAUAUGGAACAUGCUAUGAAAGAGCUAGGCUACUUAGAGUACGAUCAUCCAGAAAUCGCUGUCACUAUGAAAACCAAGGAGGAGGUUAAUGUCAUGCUCAAUAUGGCCAGAGAAAUUGUCAAGGCUUUCAGGUCCAAGGGAAUCAUACACAAAGUGGAAGGCACUGAGAUUAACAAGUUAAUCAUGGCCAAAAAGAUCGAGGUGCUUGACCUGCAGUCUGUUAUCCAGCCGUUUAAUGUGGAAGAAGCCCCAUACAACAUCCCAUGGCUUAGUGAGGAUCCUGAAGCCAUAGCCUUUAUUCAGGAAAAAGCAAAAGUUGUAACAUUUGACUGUGGAAAUAACAUCUUUGAAGAAGGUGAUGAGCCAGAAGGAAUCUAUGUAAUAAUUUCAGGCAUGGUUAAGCUUAAAAGGUCAAAGGCAUACCUGGAGAUGGAAAAAGCACCCUCAGAGUCAGAGAUUAAAAUUCACCCACUGCCUCACACAGAAUAUCUGCUCAGCGGGGAGAUAAUAGGAGAGUUAAACUGUUUGACUAAAGAACGGAUGCAAUAUUCUGCCACCUGCAAAACCGUUGUGGAGACAUAUUUUAUUCCCAUUAGCCACUUGUAUGAAGCCUUUGAAAAAAAGUGUCCUAACAUGAAAUAUAAAAUGUGGCAAAAAAUCGGACUUGCCAUUACUGCCCAAAAGAUACGAGAACACUUAUCUUUUGAGGACUGGAACUACAAGAUGCAGUUGAAACUCUGCAAUGUCUUCGUAAGAGAUAUACCCAAGUUUACGAAGACAGACAUCUAUGAUGAAACGGUAACCCACGUUGUCCUCAUCCACGGAUCUGCUGAAGACUGCCAGUUGAGAAAAAUUUAUAAGGCACCUUUUCUAAUUCCUGUGACGUGUCAUCAGAUACAAGGAUUGGAAGACUUCACAAAAGUAAUGAUUAUUCAGACUUCAGUUGCUGUAAGAAAAUUCAGGUGGAAUGUAAGAAAGUAUAUCCCUCCUCGAAGGAUUUCUAUGAAACCAGAUUUUAAAAGAGAAUUGUUUGAAACACUGGAUGAAAGCUCUGAAGAUGAAGAUAGUAAGGAAGAGAAUCAAGAAAAUGAGGAAAAUUUAGAAGACAAUAUUAACGUCUAAAGAGUCACCUGGAAAGAAAGUUCGGUCCUCUGCCCAAGCUUCUCAACAUGACCUUGAAAGCAUUUGUUUCUGGAGAUGGAGACAAGCCAAUGUUUAUAUGCCUUUUGUGUGAUAAUGUGAAUUAAAGCACCUCACACUAACCAA